CAAUUUUGCGUGCAUAUGAUACGCCAAUCCUUUCCAAUUAACUUCAGUGGAUAAGUCAAAAUAAAUUUAACGGCAAUGACGUCACAAGCGAAGCUCAGUUCGCCCAGUUCACCUGAUGCGCGUACAUCUUCAAACAGUACAAUGUCAAUAGGAAAUAAGAACAAACUAGAAGCUGUUCUUCUGCUCGGGGAUGCAUUUGUUGAAGAGAUACAGAAACGUAACACAGAGUUACGAACUCAGAAGGCUGAAGUCACAGGACAAUCCAAAGUGACUUGGUGGAAGAGGGACCGUGAUGGGCAGCGUGUGACCACCAGCAAACGGAGGAAAAAAGGUUCAUCUGCUGUUGGUACCGGUACUUCUCCAUGUGCUAGUCCCACCAUCACAACUUCAUGUACUAGCUACCAAGAUCCUGCUGAAGGUUUUAAUAUGCAGAGGCUUGAGGACCUUCUACGGGAUUCAGAGAGCAUUGAUGGGCAAGAUUUUGCUCAGCAGCCAUCUUUGUCCAGUUGGUGUCAAAGACAGAAAGGGGUCAAACAAUGUUGGCAACAGGCGAGGCCACAAAACCUUCACAACUUGUUGUCAGCUGAGAACAUUGUCCAGAUGAAGUGCAACCACUGUCAUGUGACAGAAGCCAUCAUCCGUUGCAGGGAAUGUUUGCCCUCAGAGUGGUUUUGUGCAGAGUGUGAUCAAUUGGUACAUAAAUGCCACACUCUGCACAGUAGGCAGACCACCAUGUAUGGCUUUUAUAAAUACAUUCCCCCAACAGAGUUUGUGAAACUCCAUGAUGAUAAGUACAUCAUCUGUGAACAAGAUUGUUUGCUGCCAACAGCCUUUCCUAAAAAUAUAUGCUCCUGUGACACUGGUGAUGUUGCAAUCUCUGUUGGUAGAUCCAUCAUACUGGUUUGCAUAAAUGGCCGUUAUAAUCUUCACGUUCCAGUGCUAACGUGCAAACAUUGCAAUAAGCAAUGGGCUCCAGAAGUCAGUGACUUUGUAAGGAGUGGUUACUGGCCUGCUACCAUGCAAGCACAGACACUUUUCCACCAAGAUCUGUUCCAUUCCUUUGAAGCUAUGAAGACAACAGCUCCAGGAAUGUCAGUGAAAGCCUUCACAGCAAUGUUGGACCAGAGAACAAAGCAGUUUGGAAGAACUGGCAAAGUGAAUGCAGAUGCUUUUCAGAGGAGCUUUCUGCAAUAUGUGUACUGCAACUCUGAAGAGGACCAACUUCUGGAAAAGGAGCCAUUUGUCUGUCCAGCCUGUAGUCCUGAAAUGGUUGCCGUUUCAGUGGAUGGCAACAGAAAACUCUACAGGUUCCAGAAAACAAACCAGAGUGAAGAGCCAGGAUUCUUUGAUGGAGUGUUUUUAUCCCAAGACUCUGAGGUGUCCAGUUUUGUUGAGGAAGUCCGGGGGGCUGUCAAGAGUACGGCAGGAAGAGCGAUGUCUGGGGAAUCCCACUGGACAGCAGCAAGAGAGACAUCAAAGCAGGCCAACAAGUUGGAUGAAGAAGGUGUAGAAAUUGCUGUGUGCAGGCAUGGAUUCCUCCUCAAAGGUCUGAAUAUGUAUAGAGGAGAAAUCUUUGCAUAUCCAAUGUUUCUCCAAAAAGAGUUCCAGGGUGCUGCAUUUUUGGCCAUGGAUGUGACUUGCCGUUAUGUGCCAUACCUGAAGAAGGUGUCAGAGGCCCUGACUCAUCUUCAACCUCUUCAGAAAAUGAGACAUUGCUUGUCCGUGAUGCAUGCCAAAGCCCACAAUACAAAAUGCGAGAUUCUGUGGAAUGCAAGGAACCAGGAAGGUGCCGGAACCACUCUUGGUGAAGAAGUGGAGCAAGUCAAUAGUUUUCUCUCCAGAUGUGCCCUGACCACAAAGUAUAUGUCCAAGUCAGUAAGAACUGAUAUGCUUACUGUCCAUGCAAUUGGGUGGAAUCAACGUAAAGAGAAUGGCCUCCACAUUGCCUUGUCUUCCAGAUUCAAAAAGGCAUUAGAAAACACCUUAGAUGCAACAGAGAGCCUGAAGUAGAUGCAGGACCAGUUGCAUUGCAGUGAUGACAUGCUAAAGCAGUGGGUUGUUGAUGUCAAGCUGUGGGCCAGUAGCGGAAAUGCAGCAGCCAGUUCUGUUGAUGCUCGUGGUUUGCAGAUCUCCAUCGAAGCACUCUUUGUGAGCAUUUGUCAGAAGAAGCACUACCUUUAUAGACAGAAUGAUCGCAAUAAAAGGUGUCAGAAGAUUACUCAGAAGAUUGCCCAAGAAAAGAAGCGCUUGCUAGGUGAGAUCCAGAGAUACAACCAACAACCCGAUGGUGAUCCUGUGGACACACUCUCGGUUGUGCAGAAACUCUCCAACAAAGCUGCAGAGAGCAUGAUCUGACCUUGGCAGGAACAGAACACAGACGGUAUAGACAUUCUCGCCAAGAAGAAGCUUUUUGACCAACUAAUGCUGGUCUCCCGACUGACAGAAGAAAAGCAGAUCCUUGUGAAGGAGAUGAUGCAGCACUGUCAGUACCUUAAGGACUCUGUUGCAAAGGUCCAGACACUGGUAGCCACCAUUUCAGAUUGCAUAAAAACAGGAAGCUAUCCCAAUGGAUUCACAGAGGAGGCGUGCAAGGGCCUCAUCAGUCUACUUAAGACAAGACUGCAUAACCUCAGACUCAAGCAGCAGACUGUAGCAUGCACAUACAGAGGCAUUCUCGAACCAACUCCUAGGCUGGUGGAAGAAGAUGAAGGGGAAAUGGACUGGCAAUGUGACCUCAGCUCUGAGGAUGAGGAUGAUGAUGAUGAUGAUGAUGAGGAAGAUAAUGAUGCUGAGGUGGUGACUCAAGUCACUUGACUUGGGACUCAAGUCACAGUUGUAAUCCCUUUUGCUUUGACUUGUACUUUGAUGAUUUAAAAAGGUUUUUAAAGUCUUGACAAAAGAUCCUGUUUUUGUAAGUGAGUUAGAUUGAAAGGGACAAAGUGACUCCUCGGUUGUUUGUUCCUGCAGUUAUCCAUAUUUAGCUACAUAUGCGCUCAGAUUAUACUCUUCUUUUUUUAUUGUGUUACUGGAAUUGUAAUAAUCAUGGUUGCAACUGAUAAUGUCUGUAAAAUAUUUGCUGAUACCUGUAUAUAUGUGUAU